CAAAGAUUUUAAAAACCUUCCGUCCUUGUACCAAAACAGGAAAUCAGAGUUGAUCCGAUAAGCUCAUCUCUGCUGUAUAAAAUCAGAACAGGAUCGUCCUUGUACCAAAACAGGAAAUCAGAGUUGAUCUGAUAAGCUCAUCUCUGCUGUAUAAAAUCAGAACAGGAUCGUUUUCCCCCAUCACACUGCCUGAAGACACCCAGGAGGAUAAUGGCUCAGGAUAAGAGAGUGAAGUUCUCACUGACGGUGUGUUUGUUUCUGGGAGCCUCUUUAUUCAUUUGGUCCCUGGCCCCAACAGCAGCCUUCCAGCUUCCACGCUGCCAGCUCAUCAACCAGACAAUAUCUCUAGAGAAGAGAGGCUGCUCUCGCUGCCACAGAGUGGAAACGACCAUCUGCAGUGGACACUGUACCACCAAGGAUCUCAACAUGAAGAUACUGUUUAGCAAAGCGUAUCAGCAUGUGUGCACAUAUGGGGAAUUGUACUACAAGACAUUUGAGUUUCCUGACUGUUUGCCUGAAGUUGACCCUGUCGUCACCUACCCAGUUGCUUUGAGGUGCCACUGUGGCGGCUGCGCCAUGGCCACGUCUGACUGCACCUUCGAGAGCCUGCAGCCUGAUUUCUGCAUCAAUUACAUCCCAUUUUACCACUAAUCUGUGUAAUAAAUGAAUACGCUUGACAAUUUUGUGUAUAUAAUUUACAUGUUUAGAAGAGAAAUGGCAGGUUGCAGAGAAAAAAAUUCAAGAAAAAACAUUUCAAACUAAAAGUUAAAUAUGAAAACUAUCGAAUAGUUGUAGACUUAUAAGUACAUGCAAGCAACAACCACAGUAUAAAAUAAAUAUCAACUUCAGCCCAAAGAUUUCGGGGUUGUUUUUUUUGGAGUAAAACAACACAGCGUAAAU